GGGUGGUGCUCUUGUAAUUGGAAAAGCUCCGCGAUGUGACAAGACGCUUUGGCGAACACCGCAGAGAUUGAUUGCGUGAGAGGGAUUUGAGUGGGUGCAACCGACCAAGAGAAUCUUCCGGUUACUGUCUUUCUUUCAGGCACACGUACCUUCGCGGUAAAUCGCAUCACAUCGUCUCUUCGUUUAGGCUACUCUCUCUACCCAUUCGGCGUAUUUCACUCGGAUAACUUCUCUCUAAAGGAAAAUACUGUUUAUGGUUUUGACCGAAGAUUUCAAGAUGUCUCGCACCGACGAGGUUCACCGCAUAACGGAGAAUGUCUACAAGUCCAUCAUGGAACAGUUCAACCCCUGCUUGCGGAACUUCGUUGCCAUGGGGAAGAGCUAUGAGAAGGCCCUAUCCAAUGUGACGUUUGCUGCUAAGGGCUACUUUGAUGCCCUGGUGAGGAUGGGAGAGCUAGCCAGUGAGAGCCAGGGAUCCAAGGACAUGGGGGACGUGCUGUUUCAGAUGGCUGAGGUCCACAGACAGAUCCAAGUACAGCUAGAGGAGAUGCUGAAGUCUUUCCACAACGAGCUGCUGUCUGAGCUGGAGAAGAAGGUUGAGCUGGAUGCUCGUUACCUGACGGCUGCGUUGAAGAAGUACCAAGUGGAGCACAAGAGUAAGGGAGAGAGUCUGGAGAAGUGUCAGGCUGAACUGAAGAAGCUCCGCAGGAAGAGCCAGGGCAGCAAGAACCCCUCCAAGUACGGAGAGAAGGAGAUGCAGUUUGUGGAGACCAUCAGUAGUAAGCAGAGUGAACUGGACACCUUCAUAGCAGAGGGCUACAAGACUGCUCUGUCUGAGGAGCGCAGGAGGUACUGUUUCCUGGUGGACAGACAGUGUGCUGUGGCCAAGAACAGCAGCGCCUACCACGGCAAGGGUAAAGACCUGCUGACCCAGAAGAUCCCAGUAUGGCAGCAGGCUUGUUCAGACCCCAACAAGCUACCAGAGCGGGCCAUGCUCCUAGCCCAGCAGAUGGGCUCCGGGUCCAGCACGGGCACCGCUUCCCUGACCAUGGGGGGCUCCAGCCCCCUGAACACCUCCAAGUCUAACCUGUCCAACCUGGUCAUCUCUGACCCCAUCCCCGGGGCUCAGCCACUCCCUGUCCCCCCAGAACUGGCUGUCUUCAUGGGUGGUGGGCUGGGACACCAGGCGAGGCUGAUGGGUUCAGAUGGGAUGUCCAUGGUGAACGGUACGACAGGACUCCACGGAGAGGAAGAGUACUGGACAGAGGGGGGGGUGUCAGUCUCCCAACUCCAAGGAAGACCCUCCUCCCCCCAGGCCCCUUCCCUACCCCAGGGACAGGCCCCCACCCAGAGACAGGUCAGUGAGCACUACUCCAAUACCCUGCCUGUCCGCAGGCCCCAGCCUGCCAAGAACAAGACCUCUGUUGGUGAGACCCGUACCCUGCCCAGGUCUAGCUCCAUGGCAGCGGGGCUGGAGAAGAACGGUCGUGCCCGUGUCCAGGCCAUCUUCUCCCACGCGGCCGGAGACAACAGCACCCUGCUCAGCUUCUCUGAGGGAGACGUCAUCACCCUGCUGGUCCCAGAGGCCCGUGACGGAUGGCACUAUGGGGAGAACGAGAAGAACAAGAUGCGUGGCUGGUUCCCCUUCUCUUACACACGGGUGCUGCCAGAGAGUGAGAAGGAGAAGCUCCAGGUGAAUCUGCACCAUGGGAAGAGCAGCAGUACCGGGAACCUGCUGGAGAGCGACAUGUCUCUGCCCAUGCCCGACUACGGCCUGACUGCCCGCCUGCUGGCACAGAGCCUGGCACAGAGCAGACCCAGGCCCUACAGCAUGGCAGGCUUUACCACACAGCCUGCCCUUGAGGACUAUGACAGUCGCUUUGCUGCUGCAAGUUUGGGUCCAGAAAUGUCCCGGUUCUGAAAGAACAGGACGUCAUGACCGAGCCCUGGAGAUUUACUUCAGACAACCCAUCAAUGAUGACAGAUCAGCCCCUAUAUUCUACUAGCAUGGGGCCUUCACAGCACCCCUGUAGGUCCCUGGCCUCUCACCCUCCCCCCACAGCACCCCUGUAGGUCCCUGGCCUCUCACCCUCCCCUGACAGCACCCCUGUAGAUCCCUGGCCUCUCACCCUCCCCUCACAGCACCCCUGUAGGUCCCUGGCCUCUCACCCUCCCCUCACAGCACCCCUGUAGAUCCCUGGCCUCUCACCCUCCCCUGACAGCACCCCUGUAGGUCCCUGGCUUCUCACCCUCCCCUGACAGCACCCCUGUAGGUCCCUGGCCUCUCACCCUCCCCUCACAGCACCCCUGUAGGUCCCUGGCCUCUCACCCUCCCCUCACAGCACCCCUAUAGGUCCCUGGCCUCUCACCCUCCCCUCACAGCACCCCUAUAGGUCCCUGGCCUCUCACCCUCCCCUCACAGCACCCCUAUAGGUUCCUGGCCUCUCACCCUCCCCUCACAGCACCCCUGUAGGUCCCUGGGGCUCCCUGGCCUCCGAUCCUCCUCUCACAACCCCCCUGUAGGCACCUGGGGGUCCUUGGCCCCCACCACCUCCCCCUAACCAGCUUGUGUGUCCCUGGCCCUUCGCCCUCCUCUUAAGACCCCUGUAGGUCUCUGGCCUCUAGUCACAAUACUGAUAAUAAUGAACAUAUAUUUUUCAUUUCUAUGUUCCUGUAACUUAAAUAAUGUACAGCAAACUGUCUUAAGAGGUUGAAGGUAAAUAUUGAGAGGGAGGACAAUGUGUGGUAUGUAUAUAGGUUAUAUUAGAGUAAAUUGAUAGUUACACUGGAUGUAGAUGUACAGUAUAACAUAAGUACAUUUGUAAAUACUUUUUUCAUUUAAAACUAUUACUUGAUAUUUUAAACCAAGUCUGCCCAACGCUCUUCCUGAAGAUCUACCAUCCUGUAGGUUUUCAAUCCAACCGUAAUCAAACAUACCUGAUUCCACUAGUUAAGGUCUGGGUGACCUGCUAAUAAUUAGAAUCAGGUGAGUGAGUGAAAAAGUACAGGCCGGUAGGUCUUCAGGAAGAGGGUUGGGCAGCCCUGCAGCAGGCCUAUAUGCUAGCCUGGAACUGCUGUCAACUAGGAUGGGCGUUAGGGAGGCUCCACCACUACACUUACACUGCCUUGCAAAAGUGUUCACACCCCUCGGAUUUCCUCACAUUUAGUUUGUACUAAGUGGGAUUAAUAAUAAAUAAAAUAUUUUUUUGUUGUCAACCAUCUACACAAAAUACUCAAAUCAAAGUGUUUUAUUGAUUUAAUAUGAAUAGAGAUUACAUAACAAAAAUAUCGUUGUUGCAUAAGUAUUGAGCUCCCUGAGUCAAUACAUGUGAUUUAGGGGGCGAUUUACAUCUGUGUCUUCCUGGGUAAGUCUUUUAAAGCUUUACACACCUGGAUCGUGCAAUAUUAGCCCAUUUAUUAUGUUUAAAGUUCUUCAAGCUCUGUCAAGAAGUCUCAACUAUUGAUUUAAGCAGAUUUAUGUCAAACUGUAACUUGGCCACUCAGGAACAUUCACUGUCUUCUUGGUAAAAUACUCCAGUGUAGAUUUGGCCUUGUGUUGUAGGUUAUUGUCCUGCUGAAAAGUGAAUUCCUCUCCCAGUGACUGGUGUAAAGCAGACUGAAGACUCAAGGAUUUUGCAUGUGCAUAGCUUCAUCCCGUUUCUUUUUAUCCUGGAAAACUGCCCAGUAUUUGCCGACGUCAAGCAUACCCAUAACAUGAUGCAGCCACCACCAUGCUUAAAAAUAAGGAGGCGGUUAGUUACUCCGUGUUGUUGGAUUUGCCCCAAAUGUAAGGCUUUGCUGUGUUUUAAAAAAAAGUAUAACUUAGUUGCAUACAACAUGCAUGUUUUUGGAAUAUUUUUAUUCUGUAUAUUUGUGCUGUUCUUUUCAAUCUGCCAUUGUAAGUCAUUAUUGUGGAGUCUCUACAAUGUUGUUGGGCCAACCUCAGUUUUCUCCCAUCACAGCUUUUUUUUUAUUCUGCUCCGGUGCCAACUUGUGUUAUUUGUUAAGCCAAACUAAUUUAGGCCUGAACAAAGGGGCUAUGUUUUAGUUAUCUACUUUAAUUCAUCUUCAAAAUAAUCUUCCACUUUGACAUUGGUGUAUUUUGAGUCGAUCGUUGACCCCCAAAAAAUACAAUUCUAUAAAUUUGAAUCCCACUUUGUAACACACAAAAUGGGAAGAAAUCCAAGGGGUGUGAAUACUUUUGCAAGGCACCGUAGAUAGUUCAUGUCUUCUUGCAGAUUAAAAGGUGUCGGUUUGUUACACCAAUCCAUUUGUACAUAUCAUGUUUUUUCCAUAAUAGACCUCAGUAUUCUUUGAUGAAAUCACUGUACAUUUGACAUUGAACAUCCUAUAGAUAGACUACUAACUUACAGUAUGAGCAUUGAAUGAAGGCUUGCAGAAACCCGGUCAGAUAUGCAUAUCACCAACUCUUUCUUGUUCAGUCCAUACCGAUCUUCUUUGCAGUGAAAUGAGGUACCUUACAGCAAUGUGUCCUCCAGCUAAGGCAGGGGGUCGUUUAGCAGCUCAUGGAAAUGCAUAGUGAUGUACAAUGAAUGUGAUCAAACACAACUGCAAACAUUAGUACAGGCCAUAGACCACCAUAGAUAACACCAUAUUGUCUAGGAGUCGUGAAACAGAAUGCCCAGUAACAUGGGGACUGUGCCUUCUGUCUGCCUGUCGUUUCCUAUGCAGCUGCAGGUUAAACCAUCAUCCUAAAACACUGCUAUAAGCAAAGGGCACAUGUAUCACUUUUAUCUGGCUAUUGUUUGUUAUAUCGUUUCUUCAGAAUGUCACAAAUGUUAUUUUCUUUGAUUUAGACUUUUCUAAAAUGUUUGAUCAGUCUGCUAAGUAAUUCUACUGUAAACAAAAUGUUAUUGUUGCUUGAAUACGUUAAACUACUACUGUACUGUACUACAUACUCUAAUGGCAGAAUACAAAUGGAGAAAUGCUAUGAAUUCCCUUCUACAUUUUUUUUUCUUUUUAAAGUGAGUAUUAUAACUUUAUUAUAAGAUGUUAGCUAGCUACAGUAGAAAUAAUAGCUGAUAUGAUUUGACGUUCAGAUCUAGUUUCCCCACCUCAGAAUAACAAAAAAGAAUGUUAUUGUCAUAGUGUGAUCAUGCUGACUCAGUAUUAUACACUGUAGGCCUAUCUGAAACCACACCCUGUUCCCUUUGGCUCUGACCAAUAGUAGUGCACUAAUCUGGGCACUACGUAGGUAAUAGGAUGCCAUUUUGGACACUUAUUGAUUGUCUUCAAUAGGGGUCAGAGAAUGGACAGUAGUCACGCUGGUUAGUGUGGAGGUAUGAGAGAGAGAGAAACUGAUAUGAGUGUAAGAAUCGGAGUCUCAACAGAUACCACUGGUUGGAUUCAACUUUAGACGACUGUUUGCGAACAGGUAAACCACUGGCUAGGCACACCAGAAGGGUUUCAAAUACAUUUUAUACGGUUUUGUAAUAUUUUCUCACUCUGUUCCUGUAUCUGUAUAUCUGUACAAAAAUGACCUUUGUACACAUUCAUGACCUUGUAUGAAAUAAAACAAUUGGACACAA